AUGCCGAAGAAGGACAUCCAAGCAGAUGCCUUCCUCAAGGAGCACCCUGAGUUCGAUGGCCGCGGCAUCGUCGUCGCGAUUCUGGACACUGGGAUCGACCCCGGCGCUGCUGCGCUGCAGACCACGCCCAACGGCAGGCCCAAGAUCAUCGACGUCCUGGACUGCACUGGGAGUGGGGACGUGGACACCUCCACCCUGGUCACAGCGGCAGCAGACUACACCAUCCAGGGGGUGCGAGGCAGCGCGCUGCGCCUCAACCCCGCCUGGGACAACCCCAGCGGGAAGUGGCACGUGGGCAGCAAGCGCCUCUUUGAUCUUGUCCCCAAGGGCCUUGCAGACUCCAUCCGGGCCGACAGGCGGCGGGUGUGGAUGCAGGAGCAGAGGGAUCUGCUGGCCAAAGCCACCGCGGAGGUUGCCAAGCUAUCGACUCAGGGGACUCCCAAGGUCACCAAAGAGGAAAGGGAGGAGCUGGAGGCACGCGUGGCGCUGCUCUCCGAGUUUGCCGAGAAGGCCGAGGACGAGGGCCCGGUGCUGGAUGCCGUGGUCUGGCAGGAUGCCAGCUCGGUGUGGUGGGCUGCGCUGGAUCUGACGGAGCUGCGUGGCCCCGCCCGCGGCGCUCUGGCCGACUUCAAGCCCAUGACCGACUUUAAAGCCAGGCGCCAGUACACGGCAUUCUCGCCGUCCGACGCAUGCAACUUUGCCGUCAACAUCUACGACGGCGGCAACAUCCUGUCCAUCGUGGUGGAUGCCGGGAGCCACGGCACACACGUGGCCGGCAUCACCGCCGCCUACGAUGCGGCAGCGCCCCACCUCUCCGGCGUGGCCCCCGGCGCGCAGCUCAUCUCCUGCAAGAUCGGCGACACGCGGCUGGGGUCCAUGGAGACGGCGCCGGGGCUGUACAGGGCCCUGGCCGCCGUCAUUCAGCACAAGGCCGACAUCAUCAACAUGAGCUAUGGGGAGAGCACGGCCACGCCCAACAGCGGCCGCUUCAUCGAGCUGGCGGAGGAGGUGGUGCACGAACACGGCGUGGUCUUUGUCUCCAGCGCUGGCAACAGCGGCCCCGCCCUGUGCACGGUGGGCGCCCCGGGGGGCACGAGCUCCGCGAUCCUGGGCGUGGGCGCCUGGGUCGCGCCAGAGAUGGCCGCCGCGGGGCACGCGCUGCGCGAGCCGCUGCGGGACGGCCAGCAGUACAACUGGUCCAGCCGCGGCCCCGCGCCCGACGGCGACGUGGGCGUCGCGCUGUGCGCCCCCGGCGGCGCCGUGGCCCCUGUCCCGCGUUGGACGCGCCAGCGCCGUCAGCUCAUGAACGGGACCAGCAUGGCCUCGCCCUGCGCGGCGGGCGCCAUCGCGCUGGUCCUGUCGGGCCUCAAGGCGCAGGGCGUGCGGCCCAGCCCAGCCCGCCUGCGCCGCGGGCUGGAGGCCACCUGCCUGCGGACGAGCUGGGACGCCGACAGCGUGCUGAGCCAGGGCGCGGGCCUCAUCCAGGUGGCCGACGCCCACGCUUUCCUCCUCGCACCCUGCAGCCCGGCGGCCUCGCAGCCCUGGCAGGUCACGCUGCAGCGCACCGACGCGGGCGCGGCGGCGGGGGGUGGAAAGCGUGGCGUCUUCCUGCGGACGGGGCAGGAGACGGCGGUGACCUCCACCCACCAGGUGACGGUCAAGCCCUGGUUCAAGCCCGAGGAGGUGGCAGCGAGGCUGGACAUGGAGGUCCGCGCCGAGCUUUCUUCGGAGCGCUCGUCCUUCGUCAGCCACCCCAAGCACCUGCUCCUGUACGCCACAGGGCGCAGCUUCGAGAUCCAGGUGGACCCGCGGAGCCUGGAGCCGGGGCUGCACCACACCGAGAUCAGGGGGACCGACACCAGCGACCCCGGCGCGGGGACUCUGUUCACCAUCCCCAUCACCGUGGCGGUUCCCACGCCCGUGACGGCCGGCGGCAGCCAGCCGGGGGCGGACGUGGAGAUCGAGGGCGAGGGCCACGCUGAGCUGCAGCGGCCCCACACCUUUGACGAGACGCUUAUGUUUGCCGCGGGGAUCGAGGCCAGGCGCUUCCUGGACGUCCCAGAGGGGGCCACCUGGGCGGAGCUGCGCCUCACCGCUUCCAUGGAGACGCCCAAGACGCUGAUGCUCAGGGCCACCCAGCUUGCCCCUCACACGCGGUUCUCGGACACUGAGUGGGCCAAGUCGGUCCAGCUGGCCGACGGCGGCAAGGUGGAGGCAGCCUUUGCCGUCAGCGCGGGAACCCCGCUGGAGCUCACCGUUGCCCAAAUGUGGAACAGUCUGGGGAGCUGUGUGCUGCGGCUGUCAUUAACCUUCCACGGCGUGACAGCCACCACACCAGCCAAGGGCCUGCUCCUGAACGGCGCGGCCGGAAUUGCAAGGCUGACGGUCCGUGCACCUCUGGGGCCCGAACGCAUCCAGCCCAAGGCAAGCCUGACCACGCUGUGCAUUCCCCUGUGCCCGACGGCUGCAGAGCUGGCGCCGCUCUCCGCUCCUCGCGACGCGCUGCCUCGCUCCCGCCUGACGCACCAGCUCACGCUGACCUACAGCCUGACCCUGGUCGAGGGCGGGACUGUGACGCCGCGCUUUCCACGCCUGAACAGGCUGGUGUACGAUGGCAUCCUGGACGGGCAGAUGCACGUGGUCACCGACGCCAACAAGAAGGUCCUGGGCUGGGGUGACAUCUACCCCGAGGGAAUCAAGCUCGGGGCGGGGACAUUCGCCAUUCGCGUGGCGCUGCGGCACACUGAUGCUGACCUGCUGCAGAAAUUCAAGGACCUGCCCUUGGUGGCUGAGAGGAAGCUGGAUCCCAGCAUCUGCGUGCCGGUCUACACCAGCCAGGCCGCGUGCGUGACCGGUGGCGCAGCUGCCAAGGAGCUCAGCCUCGUGCAUGGGUCCAGCGUGGCCCUCUUCCUGGGCAACCCCGCCGAGGACAAGCUGCCCAAGGAUGCCACGGCCGGGCGCAUUCUGUCGGGCUCGGUGUCCCUGGGUACACUGGCUUCGUCCCCGGGCAAGGAGAGCCCAGACACGCUGGCCCUGUCCUUUGUCGUGCCGCCCCCAAAGAGCGACGUUGACAAGGGCAAGGGCAACGCGCCGGAGAACGGCAAUGGGAAAAAAGACGCUGCUGAUGUGGAUGCCGACCUGGAAAAGGCGGUGCUGGCGGCCCAGGUGGCCUUCCUCAAGGCGUGCAACUGGCUGUUGGUGUUGUUUGGCAAAGGAGGCUGGGACCUCAAGGAUGGGAGCGAGGAGGAGCGAUCAACCUACCAACGUCUGUGGGACAGAGUCUUUGAAGCCAACAAGGGACACCUGCCCCUCCUCACCGAGCGUCUCACGCGAUUGGAUGCCAGGUCUGACAAGGACAGCCUGGUCGAGGAUCGGGUUGCCGCUGCUGAUGCAGUGAUUGCAGCAAUUGACACCACCAAAUUGGCAGUGUAUCUCGCACAGAAGUCGCCUGAGACAGGUCCAGACAAAGACAGCCGCAAGAAAGACUUUGAGCUGCAGAGGGAUGCCAUCAUUCAAGCCUUGGCAUCCAAGGCAUCCGCUCUCCUCACCAAGUAUCCUGAGGUGCCCGCGGAGACCGAGACCGAUGAGUUUGAGGCGGCCUUUGUCGAGCUCCAGAAGUGGGUGGACACCUCCGCCGAGGGGACUCACGCCAACCUGAACGCCCAGCGCCUCGCCCGCAAGGGACAGCUAGCACUGGCAUACAGGGCGCUAGACAAGGCUCUGGCGGACGACAAGCUUGCAUCCAAGCACAAGGGCAUGCUGGAGACGCGUGUGAAGCUGCUGAAGCAGCUGGGCUGGAGUCACUGGGAGGCUGCAGCCAAGGCCCGCCUGGAGAUCUCCUUCCCCGCCACAUUCCCCCUCUUUUGA